UGCAAGAGGAUUGAAUGAUUCCUCCCCGCACGAGGGCGCUGUUUAUCCACAACGGUUCUUAAACGAUGCUCGACGCCACUAUUCACAAAAGCAAGCGGUUCUCAAAUGGAUUUUUAGGUCACAAUGGACCCAUUUGACAGCUCCGAUUCGCUGGAAGGGCCAUCAAAGACAGCGGCGACAAACGCAGAUGCACCGGUGCCGUGGUCGCGCUUCUCAGCCUGGCUCGAAUGCGUGUGCGUCGUUACCUUCGACCUCGAGCUCGGACAAGCCAUAGAGCUCGUUUACCCCCAUGAUGUCAAACUCACAGAGAAAGAGAAAACAAGCAUCUGCUACUUAUCGUUUCCUGACUCAUACUCAGGAUGCCUCGGGGACACGCAGUUCAGCUUCAGACUGCGGCAGUCGGUGGGCCGCAGUAGCUCUUGGUUUGGACACGAGGAUGCAUACAACAGGGAUGCACCUGUGACCCUGCAGAAGGAGCAAGCACAUUUCCAUGGGUAUGUGUAUUUCAGACAAGUGAAAGAUGCGUCUGUGAAAAGGGGUUACUUUCAGAAGUCUCUGGUGGUGGUGUCCAGACUGCCGUUUGGGAACCUUUUCCAUUCGCUGCUGCAGGUCAUUGCUCCUGAGUACUUUGAAAAGCACGAACCUUGUCUGGAGACAGUCUGUAAUGAGAUUGACCAGUGGCCAGCGCCAGUACCAGGACAGACACUCAACUUACCAGUUAUGGGUGUUGUGAUGCAGGUUCAAAUUCCUCCAAAAGUCGAAACACUAGGAGUAAGCCCGGUAAAACAACCCCAAACAGAGAAUCUGCUCCCUGCCCCCACGGUUCUUCCAUCAGUUCACGAGUUGGAUCUUUUUAAAUGUUUCCAGUCAGUCCUGAUUCACAUGCAGAUGCUCUGGGAGCUCAUGUUGCUAGGAGAACCAGUGGUUGUUAUGGCACCCUCUCCGACCGUCUCCUCGGAGACUGUGCUGGCCCUAGUCAGCGCUAUCGCCCCACUGCGCUACUUUGGUGAUUACAGACCUUACUUCACCAUUCAUGACAGUGAAUUCAAGGAGUACACAACCAGGACUCAGGCUCCGCCUAAUGUGAUUCUUGGUGUCACGAAUCCAUUCUUUAUAAAGACCUUUCAGUGCUGGCCACACAUUAUUCGCCUCGGAGACCUGAAGAUGUCUGGUGAUUUACCAAAGCAGGUGAAGGUCAAGAAACUGGCAAAGUUAAAAACACUGGACACAAAAACAGGUAUAUACACAGCAUACAAGACCUUCCUACACAAAGACAAAGCCUUCAUUAAGCGACUCUUAAAGGGUAUCCAGAAGAAAAGGCCAUCAGAAGUGCUGAGUGCCUUUUUGAGGCGGCAUCUGAUGGAGCAAACCGAGAGUUUCAUUCUUCCGCUGGAGCGGUAUUUGGAAAGCCUAAUGCCGCCACAGAGAUCGGUGUCUCCAUGGAAGACCCCACCUCAGAUCCGGUCCUUCAGUCAGGAUGAGUUCAUGAAGACCCUGGAGCAAGCAGGGCCGCAGCUAACACUGAAAGGAGAUUGGACAGGCCUGUACAGGCGUUUCUUCCGUUCACCAAACUUUGAUGGCUGGUAUCGGCUCAGGCACAGAGAGAUGAGUCAGAAAGUGGAAUGUCUCCAUUUGGAGGCCAUCUGUGCAGCUAAGAAAAGAAACCCUUCAUGUUCAGAACAGCAUGAGGGAUCUGCUGACGUGGAACAACGACAAAUCGGAGGUAGAGAUUGUUGACCUCAUCCUGAAGCUUCGAGAGAAACUGAUGAGAGCUCGAAAACACCAGCUUCCGGUGAAAGAAGAACUUCUGGAGAGAUUAGAGCAGUCCAUCCAGACUAUCAUCAGCUCCUUGCCAGAGGAUCUACAGACAUUAUUACAAAGACAAUGACGAUUAGACCCACGUGAACAACUCUGACCAGCAGUUCCACUGAUACAUACAUAGAAUGUCUGUCUAGAAUAUACCAGCUGUCUAACACCCACACAGGUAUCAACCCACAUUUCUUCUUCUGGUAAACCCAUACACUACCUGAGAGGCCUUUCAUUUUGGAUGUACAGUACAGGAGAGAAACCACAGAUACUGCUGCUAUAUGAGGUCCUAGAUGACACAUGAAGAACACAGAUACUCGGAUUAAAAUAAUUUUGAAUUCCUCAGCUAGACUUUACACCGGAUUUUAAAUGUCUGCUAAAUUACAUUUUAACAUGCAUUUGAACAAGUAUUUAUAGCCUGCAGUCCGUUAGCACUGCAUGACAUUUAUUUUAUAAAUCAACAUGUAGUGAAAUAGAUUAAUAAAAGGAUUAACAAACUGACUUUUAAUUGGAAAAUGCAGCAUGUAUUUGUCACAUGCAGUGAAGUUCAUAAAUAUGGAUGACACGUUCACUUAUGAUGAUUAUUUAUUAAAUAUCAAUGCUUUUAUUCCAGUGAUGUUUUUGGUUAUUAUUUAGGGACAUUUUGAAGCACAUUGGCAUACCUGACCCAUAAAAGAUACUGAGGCACUUUUGGCUAUUAUUUAUUUAUUUAUUUUAUACCUUACCUGAUCUUUUACCUUUGCAUUGGUACACCUCUACUGUAUCGUUUGGCCAGUUUAUAUAAUUUUUAUAUUAGAAGCUGACUAUCCAGGUCAUUUUUUGACCGUUUAGAUUAGGUUUUAUUGAGGGCUGGAUUAACAGACUCCGGAUUAACAAACUCUGGAUUAAGAUUUAUCUAACACUAGACAGAUUUUAAUGGGAUUUAUGAAUGACUGAGCAGUUGCAGUGAACUUAGCCACAAGAGAGAGUUAAAUGAUUCAUAAAGAGUUUUUGGAUUGGAGAAUUUCAAAUUCAGUGCCAUUAAUACGCAAUACAAUCAUGUAUAAGGUACUCCGUCUGUAUAUAAAGUGUUUGCCAGUCAUGAAUGUUAAUUUUUUGAUACAACCUGGGCCUUAUUUGAAAAGGAAAUGUUGGUUGUUCUCUUUAGUAGUGCUGUGGCACUCUUUAUUCACCGUUUUGAACCUCAUGCUGAACAUUUUAUCCAUAUGUUGACUUUUUCAGUAGUAGUGUGUGUAGAUGCUUAUUCUGUGAUUUUUGUGUUUGAUCAUUUUUCUUUCCAUUCAUUGAAAAUGGUUCUUAGUUUCAUUUUAAAUUAUGCCACUUCUGCAGUAUUACAAUAUGUUUGAAAGAGCCAUAUUAUGUUUUUAUGGUCGGGAUUGUUUUUAUUAAAGUACAUGUUUGAACAGACCAGCA